UUUCGACAAGGAGAGAUCGUGGGCACGCGCGCGCGAGUGUGUGUGUGCGUGAGAGAGAGAAAGAGAGGAAGAAAGAGAGAGGGUGACGAUGACAGGGAUAGGAGAGAAAAGAAAGAAGGGAGAGUAAAGAGAGUACGGGGAAACAACCCCGGUAGCCGAGACACCGAAGGGUGUAGCGUGAUUCUGAUUUCUUGAUAUCCGUUUCACUGGUACAUUUUCUCGACCGAACGUUUCGAAGAACCUGACAAUGGAUGCGACGAAGAUCGGCAAGGACAAGGGAAAGAACGGCAAGGAUGGCGAGACAAGUGACGAGGCGAAUAAGGUAACCGGAGGACCACCGGCAACUGCUGCACCACCGCCACCAACGUUGAUUAACAAAAUCAAAUAUCAACCGGGAGGUCCGGUGAUAAAGAAAGAUAAACGGCAAAGUAGCUCAAGAUUUAACAUAUCGAAAAAUCGCGAACUUCAAAAGUUGCCGCUUCUAUCCGAAACGCAACAAGGAAACGAAAGAGAAGAGCUAUUUAUCCAGAAACUACGACAAUGUUGCGUGCUGUUCGACUUCGAGUCCGAUCCCCUGUCGGAUCUCAAAUGGAAAGAGGUGAAGCGUACCGCUCUCAACGAGAUGGUCGAGUAUGUCAAGAACAAAAACACGAUCACAGAGGCGAUCUAUCCCGAAGCAGUGAAUAUGUUCGCAGUGAAUUUGUUUCGUACACUCCCUCCAGCAUCAAACCCGAAUGGAGCGGAGUUCGAUCCGGAAGAAGAUGAGCCAACGUUAGAAGCUGCUUGGCCUCACUUGCAGCUGGUUUAUGAGUUCUUUUUACGAUUGCUCGAGUCUCCGGAAUUUCAGCCCACUAUCGCCAGACGUUACAUAGACCAGAAGUUCGUGCUGCAACUUUUAGAGCUGUUUGAUUCAGAGGACCCACGAGAAAGAGAUUUCUUGAAGACAACGCUUCAUAGGAUUUAUGGGAAGUUCUUGGGGCUCAGAGCAUACAUCAGGAAACAGAUAAAUAAUGUGUUCUAUCGAUUUAUAUACGAAACCGAACACCACAAUGGUAUUGCUGAACUUCUCGAGAUUUUGGGAAGUAUAAUCAAUGGAUUUGCAUUACCACUGAAGGAUGAACAUAAAGUAUUUUUAUUGAAGGUGCUUUUACCUUUACACAAAGCCAAAUCGCUCUCUGUAUAUCAUCCACAGUUGGCAUACUGCGUGGUUCAGUUUUUGGAGAAAGAUCCGUCGUUGACUGAACCUGUUAUGAGAAGCUUGUUGAAAUUCUGGCCGAAAACACAUUCCCCGAAGGAAGUAAUGUUUUUAAAUGAACUUGAGGAGAUUCUCGACGUGAUCGAACCUGCGGAAUUCCAGAGAGUCAUGGAUCCGUUAUUUAGACAAUUAGCAAAAUGUGUAUCAUCUCCACACUUCCAGGUGGCUGAAAGAGCUCUAUAUUAUUGGAACAACGAAUACGUAAUGUCCCUUAUAACGGAUAACUAUUCCGUUAUUUUGCCAAUCAUGUACCCAGCAUUCUACAGAAAUUCUCGUAAUCAUUGGAACAAAACGAUUCACGGUUUGAUCUACAAUGCAUUGAAGCUUUUCAUGGAGAUAAAUCAGAAAGUAUUCGAUGAGUGUACGCAACAGUAUUUUCAGGAUCGGCAUAAAGAAUGGAAGCUUAUGAAAGAUAGAGAUGAAGCGUGGAUGCGCGUUGAAGCUCUAGCAAUGAAACAUCCGAAUUACAACGCGACUAUAAAAGGUAUUACGAACACAACACCUAGCACGAUGUCGCAGCAACAAUUAGACAGCCCUCCGCCUGACGAAGAUGGAGAUACAGAUCAAUCUCCGCUCACAUUGGAAAAGAUAGAAGCGAAAGCGAACGAGGCAAAAAAAAUGACCAACUCCAAUAAAACAAAGCCACUUUUGCGAAGGAAAAGCGACUUACCCCAAGACACGUACACAAUGCGGGCAUUGUCAGAUCACAAACGCGCAGACGAAUAUCUCGAUACGCCACCGGAUCCUAACAAUUGCUAGUCUCUACCGCAAUCUCUUCCCAUGUAUCCUCUCUUUUGCUGCAGUGAUUUUGGGAGUUAGCUUUUUUGAAGAGAGAAACGAAACAGCGAUGAAUCGGAUCUAAUGAAUCGAGUGAUCAUCACAUUCGACGACAACCGUUUACAACAGAAUUUAAUCGAACAGAGAAGUCAACAAUGUCGUAAUUAUCGCUCUUCUCCUUC